AUGUACAAACUUUUGAUCGCCGGUGCCCUUUUGGCAGUUUCAGCCAAUGCCGCUGCGAAAUCUUUUCCGACAGGUUGUUUCUCAUCUAUUUCCGUCUCGAAUAUCCAGAAAUUGCAGCGGAAGAAGCCAAGGCGGAGCUGGUAGCGGCGGGAGUUUCGGCCGAGGCGGCUGCCGGAAUCGUCAGCAUUGCCGAGCAGUACACGGGCAAAUUCGAGCAGUCAAAGACAGACCGGGAAGCCGGAAAAGAGGUGUUCGCUCAGUUCCACACCGCAGUGGAGAAGUACAUUGCGACGCGGCCAUCUGACGAUCAAGCCGCUUACAAAGAUUUCGUCGAUAAGAAAAAGGCCGAACGACAGGGAAAUCAUUCCACACCUAGCGUUUAA